ACUCAUGAAGAAGUCUCGCGAGAUCAGCGCGUUCAAGACGACUGGGGCUCGAAGUUUACAGAUCUGUGGAUGAAUCAUAACAGCAUCAAGAUGUCGGGACGAUCAGGCCGCGCCGAAACCCGGAGUCGGGCUAAAGACGACAUUAAAAAGGUCCUGGCGGCCAUCGAGAAAGUCCGAAAAUGGGAGAAAAAGUGGGUGACAGUUGGCGACACGUCAUUACGCAUCUUCAAGUGGGUGCCAGUAACAGAAACGAAACAGAUAUUUCGCACCAAAUCCACUAGUGGAGAGGCCCGGGGGAUGAAAGAUGUGGUCUUGGAAAACACCAACACUUUGCUGGAUUUUGCUGAUGAAAACAGCAACCAGAGCUUUCUGUCAGAUGUUUAUCAGUCCAAAAUGGACAACAGCAGCAGCAACUCCAGCUCCCAGCAGGUCAGCCCGCCGCACUCCUACAGUCUCCGAGCUGAAGACUCUCAGCCUCCGAUGCUCGGACAGGAAAGUGUGGAUG